AUGAAGAUGAAGGUGAUGGGUAAGAAGAGUAAACGGGUUUUCUUCUUAUGGUGGUUUGGAAUGACUGUGCAGCUCUGUUUCUUGCUUGGUGCCUGUUCCGAGAAGACAUCAUUUAGAAGAGGUUUAAGGGAAAUCAACAGCCUGGAACCAACACCUUCUUUUUCUGAAGUCAAGCUGAAUACAGAAAAUCAUCAGCAGGUGAUGCUAUUGGUUGUUGACAAUGGCAUUGUUACCGUCAUUUUGUCAAGACCUGAGGGCUACGUCCUUGGAAUAUCAUAUAAUGGAAUUGACAAUAUACUUGAAGCUGAAAACGAAGAACAAGAUAGAGGGUACUUGGACGUUGUAUGGAAUGAACCAGGAAAAUCUAGUAAUUUUCAGAGAAUCCAUGGAACAAAUUUUUCGGUUAUAGCAGCUGACGGGAAUCUGGUGGAGGUCUCAUUUUUAAGAACGUGGACAUAUUCCAUGAGUGGCUCCAAUGUCCCCAUAAACAUAGACAUAAGAUAUAUUUUUCGAAGUGGUGAUUCAGGAUUUUAUUCCUACGCAAUAUUUGAUCGUCCUGAAGGAUUUCCGGCGGUGCAGGUUGAUCAAAUUAGGAUUGUUUUCAAACUCAAGAAAGACAGGUUCAACUAUAUGGCUGUAUCAGAUAACAAGCAAAGAAGCAUGCCAACGAUGAGAGAUAGAGAAACAGGUCAAAUUCUGGCUUACCCUGAAGCAGUUCUUCUAACCAGACCAAUUAACCCAGAAUUUAGAGGAGAGGUGGAUGACAAGUACCAAUACUCAUGUGAGAACACAGACAACACUGUUCAUGGAUGGAUUAGUCUUGAUCCUGAUGCACCCGUGGGUUUCUGGAUGAUAACACCUAGUAAUGAGUUUCGCAAUGCUGGGCCCAUCAAGCAAGACCUUACUUCUCAUGUUGGCCCCUUCACCCUCUCGAUGUUUGUGAGCACCCACUAUGCUGGCAAGGAGGUAACCAUGGCAUUUCAAGAAGGUGAGACUUAUAAAAAGGUUUUUGGUCCUGUAUUUGUCUACGUUAACUCUGCUUCAAGCAACGAGGAUUCACUAUCCCUCUGGUCUGAUGCUGUUCAGCAGCUAUCCAAGGAAGUUAAAAGCUGGCCUUACGAUUUUCCUCGAUCAGAAGAUUACCUUCCACCCAAUCAACGAGGAACAGUAUUUGGAAGAUUACUAGUCCAAGAUUGGUACAUCAGGGAAGGAAGAUUUCAAUAUGCUAAUAAUGCUUAUAUUGGUUUAGCUUUGCCUGGAGAUGCAGGGUCAUGGCAGAAAGAAAGUAAGGGCUAUCAAUUCUGGACUCGAGCUGACACCAAGGGAUACUUCGUAAUAAAAAAUAUUGUGCCAGGUGAUUAUAAUCUGUAUGCUUGGGUUCCUGGCUUCAUUGGAGAUUACAGAUAUAAUGCUACAAUUACCAUCACACCAGGAAGAGUCAUCAAAUUGGACUCACUUGUAUAUAGUCCUCCAAGAAGUGGACCUACCCUUUGGGAAAUUGGGAUCCCAGAUCGCUCCGCUGCAGAAUUCUAUGUACCAGACCCUUACCCCACGCUCAUGAACAAAUUAUACAACGAACAGCGCAGAGACAAGUAUAGGCAAUACGGGUUGUGGGAACGUUAUGCUGAUUUAUAUCCAAAUGAUGAUCUAGUGUACACUAUUGGUGUCAACAAGUAUAAUAAGGAUUGGUUUUUUGCUCAUGUUACUAGAAACUUAGGAAAUAAGACAUACCAACCAACGACAUGGCAGAUUAUAUUUGACAAUCCAACUGACAUAUUGGGAGGAAACUACACACUACAAUUGGCCUUGGCAUGUGCUGCUGAUGCUAACCUGCAGGUUCGGUUCAAUGACCCUAGCGCUUAUCCACCCCACUUUGCAACAGGGUCCAUAGGUGGAGACAAUGCCAUAGCAAGGCAUGGCAUCCAUGGAUUGCAUUGGCUAUUCAGCAUUGAUGUACCAGGUGAACGUUUUGUGAAAGGAAAGAACACCAUCUAUCUGAGGCAAUCGAGAGCUAUAAAUCCUUUCCAAGGAGUUAUGUAUGAUUAUAUCCGUUUAGAACAACCACCAGCUCCAACGACUUGAUUGUGUCCAACUUCUGGUUGACACAGUAAAUAGGCUUGUAAUUAGACUUGGUGCUUUGCAAUUAUUAAUUCUUUCAUCUUAUAGUU